GAGAAGUAAAAUCCAGCACGAUCCGACAUGGUUGGUUGCAUGUUGACAUUAUCCCCCUCGAAUCUCUCCAAAGAAGCCCCCUUGCUCCUCCAUAUACCACCAACCUGGGCCAAGCCGGGUGCUACAGCCAGGCUCGAAACGGCUUUCAGCACCGAAGCCGGUGUGCUUGGCGAAGGGAUCUAG